CGCCGGUGCCGGUGCCGGUUCCGGUUCCGGUGCCGGUAGCGGGGCGAUGAGCGGGCGGGCGGGGCGGCGGCGGCGGCUGGUGCUGCACAUGGACAUCAACAACACGGUGCUGGCGGCGGACACCGUGACCGGAACGGGCCCGCGGGCGGCGCUCAACAGCUUCCUGUGCACCGCCACGUGGGGCCGCACCGGGGCUGACGGCGAGUGGCAGUGGGUGAGCGACCGCCCCUCGCUGCGAGCCCCCUGCCCCGACGCCGUCAGCUACUACUGCCGCUACGGCCGCAACCCGGCCUUCACCGAGGCGGGCCCGGGGCAGCACUUCGGCGGCCUCCACGCGCAGUACCUGCGGCUGCUGGCGUGGCCGGGGGAGCCCCACGAGGAGCUGUCGCUGCGGGACGGGCAGGGCGAGUGCUACCACCUCCUGCUGCCCUCCUUCUUCCGCCUGCUGGACGCGCUGCACCGCGACGGCCGGGCCUUCGCCGUCGUCUUCAGGACCUUCGGCACCGACCUGCCCCGCGCGCUGCGGGCGCUGCGCUCCGCCCUUGAUGGGCAGCACCCACAGUUCCCUGCACUGCGGGACCUGGCGCUCCCCGUGGACCUCACUCCCGGCCAGAUACGCUGCAGCAAGCGAGAGGUGGUGCUGAGGAGGGGAGCGGAGCGGCUCGCCACCCGCGAGGACGGAAGGAAGCUCUACGACUACUUCAGCUCUUUGGAGGGAGUCGGAGGCUUCCAGGACCACUUUGACUGGUGGGCCAGAAAUGAGUUCUCCUCGCAGGGCGGGAAGCCCCUGUGGAUCGACCCCCACGACCCCAGCGUUCACCACAUCUUCAUCGACGACAACAUCCACCUGGACGACGCGGACACCAUCGUCCGUCCCCGGGAGCCUGGGGCUGCCGGGGGGGAGCCUGGAAGUGGCCGAGCUGCCGCCGGGCUCCUCCGCUCCGCCGGGGUCAUCCCCGCUCCCUGCCGCGCUGCACGGCCGCAGCCUGUCCUGGCACCGUGUUUAAAGGGCAGUGCUCGUGGUGGGGCACGCUUCAAAGAGGGAACGCUUAGGCAGACAGGAAGGUCCUCGGCAGCUGGGCAAACUGUCGCUGCCUGCACGAGAGCUGCAGCUCCACCGGUGAGCCUGAACCCCGGCCCAUUUCCAUCCGGGAGGAGGCAGCACAGGAGGAAGCCUGCAGCAGCUGGGAAACGGUCUGCGGGGCGCCUGGGGCACGGAGAAGGAUGGCACGCUCGUCAGAAAUCCAUUUCCAUAACAGCACGUUCAAUUACUGGAUUUGUGCCUGGUGACAGGAGCUGUCACUGCCCAGAGCAGAGCUGUUGGAGGCUUUAGCCCCUGCCUGUGCUGGUUCAGGUGAAUUAAUGCAGAAGGCUCCGCUGAGAGGUCCCUGCCUG